GGCAGUGUCCUUAUCUCCGCUCUUCAUGUCAUCCAGGUAAGUGAGCGCUUUGUAAAGAGGUGAAAGAGCUCAUUCUACGGACUAUGGAGCGCUGCCGCACGGACUGCAUCGAAAAGCCUCUGUCUAGGCUUUUUAUGAAGUUUGGACGCUUUGUCGGCUCAUACCCGAUAUGGUUUUUCAUAAUCCCUAUGCUGAUUUCUGCAGGACUGGGAGCAGGGUUUUAUUUCCUUAAAGCAAGAGAGGCGAAUGACAUCGAGGACCAGUUUACACCUGUAAAUGGGCCAGCAAAGCAAGAAAGAAGUUUUAUCAAGGACAACUUUCCUUACAAUAUGUCCAUGUUUUCUAGUCAGAGGCUCUACACCGAGGGGACAUUUGCAUCACUGAUUAUCACUCUUACUAAUGAAGAAAAUAUAUUAACGAAAGAAGCGUUUGAAGAAAUAAUCGCCCUAAACAAGCAGAUACAAGAGAUAUCUGUGAAUGACGGAAAAGAAACGAGUACUUUUCUCGAUUUAUGUGCCAGGGCUAACGGACAAUGUGUCCCUAAUGCAAUACUUCAAAUCAUAAACAACGACGCCAGUAAUAUCAACACCGUAAUUAAGUUUCCCCAGCAUUCUGCCGGCCGUGAGUUAUUUUUUCUCGGCACCACUGUCGGUGGGGUAAACGUGGAUGCCGAAGGAGUUCUCCAAAGUGCUCAAGCCAUUAGACUGUACUACUACCUAAAGGAAGACACAGAGACCCAAGCGAAAGCUGCUUUAUGGCUGAAGGCCUUCCUUAGCUUCUCUGCCAAUCUGAGCAUGCAAAGUACUACGAUUUCACGCUUUACAUCACUAUCGAGGCAGCAAGAGAUGGACAGAAACACCGAUGACGUGAUCCCAUUGUUUUCAAUUACAUAUUUUCUCGCCAUAACUUUUUCAAUUACAUCUUGCAUGAGGCUGGACAACGUAAGGAACAAGGUGUGGGUGGCUUCCUUUGGCGUAAUUUCCGCUGGCUUGGCUGUUUUAUCCAGUUUCGGCAUGCUGCUGUAUAUCGGCGUUCCCUUUUCCAUGACGGUCGGAAACGCUCCCUUCCUGAUCCUCGGGAUCGGGGUCGAUGACAUGUUCAUCAUGAUUGCUAGCUGGCAGCAAACGAAUGUCCAUGAUGAUGUCAGGGAUCGGAUGGCGCACACGUACAAGGAAGCGGCCAUUUCCAUCACUAUAACCACCCUGACCGAUGUCCUGGCCUUCUAUAUCGGCACCCUGACUGGGUUCCGCUCUGUCCAGUCGUUCUGCCUGUACACCGGCACUGCUAUCCUCUUCUGCUAUUUCUACAAUGUCACAUUCUUCAGUGCCUUCAUGACGCUGAACGGAAAACGGGAGAAGAGCAACAGGCACUGGCUGACCUGCAGGAAGGUUCCGCAAGAACAUUCGGCAGAAUACUCCAAAGGGUACAACAUCUGUUGCACAGGAGGGGCUUAUGACAAGAAUACUGGAGCAGAGGAGAUUCAGCCAAUUAAUUUUUUCUUUAAGAAAUAUUAUGGGCCAUUUCUAACUAAUUCCUUCACAAAACUGUUUGUUGUUUUAUUGUAUGCAGGGUUUCUAGGGGUAAGUAUUUAUGGCUGCUUCCAAAUUAAGGAAGGCAUAGACUUGAGUAACUUGGCCCCAGAUGGCUCCUAUGUUGCUGAUUAUUAUCAUGAUGAAAAAACAUACUUCACAAAAUAUGGCCCGAACGUUAUGGUGGCAGUGAAGGGAAAAUUUCCUUACUGGAAUAAUACCGAAAGAGCCAGUCUUAAGAAGACUUUAGAAAAGUUUGACAACUUGACAUUUAUUGAUAGCAGUUUAUUUUUAUCUUGGCUGGAUUAUUUUGUAAGGUAUGCUGACAAUUCUGGCAUAGAUAUAAGUAAUGAAUCCAAUUUCACAGCAAACUUACCCCAGUUUCUGCAGUCAGGCUACUUCCAGCAAGAUGUUAACUUCACAAAUGAUGCGAUUUACGCAUCCCGUUUUUUUAUACAGACUGUAAAUAUAACAGAUGCCAUUGCUGAGAAGAAUAUGUUAAAUGCACUCAGAGCAACUGCUGAGGAGGGAUCAACCAACAAUGUCUCUCUGCUUGUGUAUCAUCCAGCAUUCAUUUAUUUUGACCAGUACGCUGUUGUGGUGGAGAACACUGUCCAGAAUAUCAUAAUUGCCACGGUGGCCAUGUUGGUGAUUUCGCUGUUGCUUAUUCCAAACCCCAUCUGCUCCCUAUGGGUGACUUUUGCCAUCGCAUCUAUCAUUGUGGGUGUGGCUGGCUUCAUGGCACUGUGGGAUGUCAAUCUGGACUCUAUAUCAAUGAUCAAUUUGAUCAUCUGCAUCGGCUUCUCAGUGGACUUCUCUGCCCACAUCUCAUAUGCCUUUGUGUCCAGCAGUAAAUCGAGUGCCAAUGAGAAGGCUGUUGAAGCUCUUUUUGCCCUGGGCUAUCCUAUUGUCCAGGGGGCCAUUUCUACCAUACUAGGGGUGGUGGUCCUGUCUGCAUCCAGUAGCUACAUCUUUAGGACCUUCUUCAAGAUCAUGCUCUUGGUAAUCAUCUUUGGAGUGGUUCAUGGUAUUAUAUUCAUUCCCGUUUUCAUGAGCUUCUUUGGCUGUUGCAGUAGGCCAGGUAAAGUCAACAAUGAGAAAGGUCAGCAGGUAGAUCCUACAAAUGAACAGAGGAACAAAACCAUAGGUAUUUAUCAUAAUAUGGGGUAUAAAGCUGAUGGGUUUGGUGAAAUUACAUUUCCUACAGUCAACAAAAUUGAAAACUUGAGUGCUAAUGUACAAAAUAUUGAUCAUCUGCACAGGAGACCAACGCAAGGGUCUUUCAAUCCUGACCCUGACUGCUAUUGAUGUCCUUGGUUCCUUGUGAUGGUUGCUGCCUUUUUUUGUAGUUGUAUUUUCUCAUUUUGCUUAAGAAAGCUUGAAGUGAUCAUAUUGUUUGUAUAGGUUAAGAAACAGUGUCAUAAUGCUCUCACCUUGGAAUGGCAUGUCUGGAAUUUUCAUUUCCCAGAAAUGCAGUGGUACAGAGAGCAUCUGAAGUCACAUUAUCAUCAGCCCAGGUCUAGGGACAGGCCAGUUUAUGAAACCCAGCUGGUCUGAGUUGGACUAAUUAUUUUAUUAAAGUUUUCUUCAGUAUGACCUGCGUGAAUCCUGGAGAGAUGUUAAAACAGGAGGUGUUCCAGAAGAUGCCUCUACAGCUGCCACAUGUUAAAUCUUUAUUUCGCUAUAGUAUGUACUAUGGAUUUAUUGUUAUUUAGUUUUUAGUUUGCUUUACUUCAAAGGGUCGUGAUUUCAUUUGUUUGUUUGUUUUUUCUUUGUUUUUUGGUCUUUCUUUGGGCUUUCUUUGGUCUAUACUGUUCUUUAAACCCUGCUGCUCAUAUCUUUCUUCUGAAACAUUUACUAUACUUUAAUAUGUAGGAUUGGAGUAUAGUAAAGGAUGGUAAGAUUAUUCUGCUGUUCAUUAGGCAACAGGUCUGAGAAGUUUGCAAUAGGUGUUUAUAUGGUUGAAUUUUUCCAAGAGUUUAAAAUGCAAAGAUUACUUUUCUGAUGAGAAAUGUAUGCGUUUAUGUAUUUUUCUAGGUAUUCCAAUUACUCUUCUAAAUAAUACAUAGUGAAAUGGCUUCAACAUGCUGUUUAUCUCUGCUUAAUUGUAUUUUAUAAGACAUAAUUUAUUAAAGUUGUUACAACAGCG